AUGAUCGGCUCGACAAUCGAAUCGGGCAGCGAAUCGCGAAUCGAUCUCCGGGCCGGCUCAAUUAUCCGUCGAAAACAUCAAAGCAAAUCCCGGUACCUUGGUUGUGCGCCAUGGCUUCUCCUGGCCGCCGUCCUCAGCUUCAAAUUUGCCGUGCUAGCUGGUUGGCUGGUCAGAGAAUACUACGAAUCGGGCUAUCGAUGUGCAUUCACGUGGGAUGAUAGUGAUUGGCAGGGCGAGAAUGCUGCACUCACAGCUGCACCCGCUGAUAAUGGACGCUACGCACAGCUGCUACGGACAAAACGGCAGCAGGAAGAGGACCCAAUUCUUGACCCGCGCUUUAGCCUCAGCUCGAUGAAACGCCCCACUGCGGUUCAGAUGCAACCCGUUCAAACCAGUGGCAUCCAGCUGCUACAAUCCGUCGGCGGACAAACGAUACGCACAAAGACAAUCCGCAACCGUAUCGAGGCGUUGCCCGGAAAUUCGGUAUCUUUGAACGACGUCCCAAAAAUGAAGCCCAAGCCGCAGAUGCCGAUUUAUGAGGAAGGGGGCAGCACCGAGGUGGUCAGUUUGGAUGAUGAUCAGAUUGAUCGCUUACGGCCACCGAUUGGCGGUCCCGUUCCCAAAGUGCCAAGAAUCGUGGCACGCGAAUCCGGGGAGGACAAGGAAAAUGGCCAGAAUUCAACGAGCACCGUCGCCACCACGCAUAAAAAGAAGAAGAAGGGCAAAGCACGAAGAAGGCGAACAACGAAGCUGCCCCGUCAUUUGGUUACUUCUGGAGCUUCGUCGAAAAAUCCGACCCCAUCCCCUCAUCAUUCCCCAUUCCUCACGGGUGCCCUCGAUCCGCAUGACCCGCACUUCAGCAACAAAGGACAUAUCCGUGGUUAUGCCAUGAAAACGGCAAAUAAAAAGCCACCAAAAGGACAGCAACAGCUAAAGAUCUCCGACUCGACGCGCAUGAUCUGGGACAUGAACGAGCACAACUUUACCACCCACUUUUCGAGCGGAUUGGUACCAACACAAGCGAACACCGACACCCUUGAGUCGCCCUUCAAAAUGUCGGCCACCACGGAGAGCUCGUUGGAUUUUGGGCCGAUCAACGUGUUCACGAUGAUUGAUGAGUUGAUGGGGACGACCGCAUUGCCACCCGAAGAUGAUCCACCAUCACCGACUCCUAGCCGUGCACCCCGUAGCACGACCACUGAAGAGCCAUCUACAGCUACGGUUCAAACAACAACAACCCCCACCACAACCCCACAACCACCGGCCCUGAAAACAGACCCAACGCCGCCCUUGACAGGCGAUUCUGAUGACAGCGAGGAAGAUGCAAAUCCUGGAGAUGCGUUUAGCCUCUGGAAGAAGAAGGUCGAAGAUGAGAGGAGGAUCCAGGCAACCAUGAAAUCGGCUACGACCGAAAAAUCCGUCGUCACCCUUGAUGCCCUUCAUCUCGGCGUUACUGAUGAGCCACGACGGACUACAGUACUUACCAGAUACGGCGAACUGCCGACGUCUGCCAACCAGCCAAAAGAGGCCGAUGAAGUUACGACGGGAACUAACACUGAAAUAUUCGGGAAUAACCUCCAAUCAUUUGCUGACUCGGUCGUCUGCAUCGCUAGGACGCUAUUGGACAUUUGGUGUUUCCUUCAAUGCAUUUGCUGUAUACCAUCAUUUGUAUCUGUCUGUUUCCCAUCAAAAUCGCUAUUCCUGGCCCAUCUCGUGCUCGACGUCCUAUUCCUAAUCGUCGCCUUCGUAUUUUGCACCACGGGUGUCGUUUUUUCGCUAGUGCUUUUUGUGCUAGUAGAAGGUAUGAGCCGGGAGACGUUAGUUACAUGGACCGUGACCUUGGUCUUUCUCUUCGUACUAAUUUUCAUUUACACGGCAGUGGUCGUCAUCACGCAUAGAACUUGGGAGAUGUUGAUAGAAGCGAGCCUCCCAUCAAAACGUACAUACCGACGCGUAGAACAAAUUGAUGAAUGUGAAGGGGAGCCGCUA